CGGCUGUUUGCAGUGGAGGGACCCGGACCAAAACGCUGUCGGUUUGUGGGGGUGAAGCGCUGCAGUGUCGGCGGUAGUCGUUGUUUUUCGUAGUGGGGCCUGAGUUGUUCAGGCCGAGGGUGGUCGGACAGCCAGCGCGGCGAAGGUGAGCCACCAGCUACCGGCAUGGCCCGGGACUACGAUUACCUCUUCAAGCUGCUCAUCAUCGGUGACAGCGGAGUGGGUAAGAGCAGUCUCCUCCUGCGGUUUGCAGACAACACAUUUUCAGGUAGCUAUAUCACAACCAUUGGGGUGGACUUUAAGAUUCGGACUGUGGAGAUCAACGGGGAGAAGGUGAAGCUACAGAUUUGGGACACAGCGGGGCAGGAGCGCUUCCGCACCAUCACGUCCACGUACUACAGGGGAACACACGGGGUCAUAGUGGUGUACGAUGUCACAAGUGCAGAGUCCUUUGUCAACGUGAAACGAUGGUUACAUGAAAUCAACCAGAACUGUGAUGACGUGUGUCGAAUAUUAGUGGGAAACAAGAACGAUGACCCCAACUCAAAGGUGGUCGAGACAACUGACGCGCAGACGUUUGCUGAGCGGAUGGGCAUCAAUCUGUUUGAGACGAGUGCGAAAGAGAACAUCAAUGUUGAAGAGAUGUUUAACUGCAUCACGGAACUGGUGCUCAGAGCCAAGAAGGAGGUUCUGGCCAAGCAGCAGCAACAGAACGACGUGGUCAAACUCACCCGGAACAGUAAACGAAAGAAAAGGUGCUGCUAGCGAACUGGAGGUCGCCCACCGAGGCCGGCAGCGUUGUUGGAGAACACACGCGGUCACACAUUGACUGAAAGCAUCUAAAUUAAAGAGCAAAUAAAGAUUUAAUAAGUAUACAGUGAAAGCUAAAAUAAAUGGAAAAAAUGUCCCCUUCGGACAAACUAAACGUGAAGACUU